CUGCUAGUGAUGCAGAGACAUGGAGCUUUGUGUUUUGCUUCAUGGAUCACAGGAGCCGGAGUUCUGUGUUUAACCUUCUUCCAGUUAGCAGACUCUGAGUCGGACUGUGAGAUUGGCAAGAGGUGCAACGAGCAGAACGAUGAAAACUUUAGCAGCUGGUAUGUGUGGUUCCUGAUGUUGUUUUUCCUGGCCUUGCUCCUGUCCUGCGGGAUCUGCUGCUGCCUGCAGUGCUGGCUGAAACGGCGGAGCUGCCUCCUCCAUCGACGCACCCUCGCCGUCUUCGCGCUCAGCAGCUCGGAUGGCUUCUGUGCAAGUGAAGAGCCUCAGUGCCCAUUCUCUGGAUCUCCGAUCCCCUGCAUGACUGCAGAGAUGUCUUCUUCUCCUGCCCCACAGUUCAGCCUUGGGGAGAUUGAGUUGCCUCCAUCCUAUGAGGAUAUUAUGAAUGAAAACAAGCUCUAG